AACUCAUAUAACCUGACUUCUGUAGUGCAACUGAGCUUUUGCUUUCUGUUUUUACUUCUCUCAACCUCAGAAUUGGGCUCUUGUUGCUAGGAACUACUCAGAAUUUUAGGAUGGCCCAGCAAUUUGUAGAUAGUCAUAUUGCACCUGAUAAAGUGGUUGUAUUUGGAAAGAACAGUUGCCCUUUCUGUAAAAGUGCAUUAGAUCUUCUGAAACAAAUUAAUAUCAAGCCUGGCCACUUGGAAUAUAUUGAUCUUGCACGCCAAAAGAAUAUGGAUGCCAUUCAAGACUACCUUAUGCAGUUAACGGGUGCCCGAACGGUUCCUCGAAUUUUUAUUGGGGAAACAUGUAUUGGUGGUUUUACAGAUCUAGAGGCUCUAAACAAUAGUGGAGAACUUUCUGUCAUGCUAAAGAAGAUUGGAGCUCUGUGAAGAGCAACAAUAACUACAGGAUGAAAUUACCCUGAAGCUGUACCUACAGGAUUUGGGAUUAGAUUAAUUGGGUCUCCCCUCUUGUCUUCACCAAUUUUGUAUUUCUGAAGGAAGGCAAUACAAAAAAAUAGUUUUGCUUACUCUCUGGCUUCUAAGACACAGCUUUACCCUCCUUUGAUUCCCUGUUAGUAUGACUGUUUUUCUGCUAAUAAAGUACACAUAACCAGAAUGAAUAAAAAAAUAAUAUUUG